ACAAUCACAAAGUAGGUGGUAGCUAGCAUGGCCAAUAAUAUUAGCUAUAUUGUAAUAAUAAUGUUGACAAAUGAAAGCAAAAGAAAAUGAAAUCACAAUGAAAAUUCCAAUGGUACAAAUUUGUUCCCUAACUUUAAGGGAAACUAACCUAAUUUAUACUAUUUCUUGUUGUUAGUGUUUUUAUUUUUGUCAUUUUCAAUGUCCCUAUUUUUCCUUGUCUUCUUGUUUGUUAGAGAGAGACAACAAUAUAGGCACCGACCUCAUCAAUUGUUUUGUCUUUGAUUUUUUGAAUCAUCUAUUGUUUUUUGUGACAGGAAUCAAAAGGGUUGAUUCUGAGGUUGAAAUAGAUCAUUUUUGCACACCACCUGUUUGACAUAUUGACUCAAAGGAUUUAAUUAUAUAAAUUCCAAAAAUUGUUACUUAUGAAAACAUCUAAUAGGAUCUAACUUGGCCUUUUCAAUAUACCCUUUUGAUUUUGAUGCCUAUAAUUUUUUUUUAUUUUUUAUUUUUAUGGGUUGAUUGUAAAAUUUUCUUGUGUUUAUAGAACAAUUGAAGUUUUUAAGGAAGAUUAAGAAUUUUAGGAUAUUUAGAGGAUAAGGAUAGUGGUAGAAAGAAAACUUAUGGAGGAAAUAAGUUCGACGGUCGCAGUGCCAUUAACACUUGGGAAUUUAAUACAAAAGGAGUCAGUUAUGACAAAUCUUAUGGCAAAUACAGCAACAGUUUUAAUAUUAAAUCCUACUACUUCAAUUGAGGGUUGUCAAUCCUUUUCUGUAGGAAGUGACGAUAACGACGACACAGAUAUUAGUCUACAGCAUAAAAUAUCAGUGUCUCUAGAGGUUAAGGAGAAUCAAGUUGCAGCUGAAACGGUCGCAGAAAUGGUUCUUGAAAGUGACAGUAAUGGAAGAAAUGAUGAUGAAUUCAUGAUAGCUAAUGAUUUUCCGCGUAUACAUAAUCCAUCCUCUCAAUCUGAUGUUGGUAACAAAAUCGGUUCUUUUAAGGAGGAGUCUGCAAUUUCAAGGACUAAUUUGUCAGAAAUGAACACACCGAAUACCGUCAUGGUUGAUGGUAGUAACCAUGAUCAGUCUGUUUUGUACGAGUCCGUGAAGAACAUGGCUUCUGUUGUGAUGAAACAUGAGUGUAAGCCAGAUGGUUCUGAUACAAAACCAAUUGAUGUAGUUCAUGAGAUUCCAGAGAAGCAAACAUGCACAACAAACUGUGAUAAUGCUUUGGAAUUGAGCGAUACUCCUCGUUGUGGUUUCUCAUCGGUUUGUGGAAGGAGACAAGAAAUGGAAGAUGCUAUUGUUGUUAAGCCUCAACUUUUUCAAGUACCUUCAAUGAUGUUAAUGGAUGACCAUGUGAAUGCAAACACAAAGCACUCACUAGCACACUUUUUUGGUGUCUUUGAUGGACACGGGGGAAGUCAGGUUGCCCAUUACUGCCAGACACAUCUUCAUUCAGUUUUGAUUGAGGAGAUAGAAGCUGCAGAAUCAAGUUUACCUGAAACUAAUGAAAAGGAAAAUUGGCAGGACCAAUGGAAGAAAGUACUCACCAAUUGCUUUAAAAAAGUAGAUGAUAAAAUCGUAGGAGUUAAUGCAUAUAAUGGUGGAAGUAACAGUAAUGACGGAUCUGAGUCAAGUACUGAAGAAACUCUUGCUCCUGAGUGUGCUGGAUCAACUGCACUGGUUGCAGUUUUAACUCAAACUCAUAUAAUAGUUGCGAAUUGUGGCGAUUCAAGAGCAGUCUUAUGUCGAGGGAAAGAAGCACUUCCAUUGUCUACUGACCAUAGACCAGAUAUAGAGGAUGAGCAGGAAAGGAUAGAAGCUGCCGGAGGAAAGAUCAUACAAUGGAAUGGAUACCGUGUUCUUGGUGUUUUGGCAGUGUCAAGGUCCAUAGGUGAUAGAUACUUGAAACCAUGGAUAAUUCCAGAUCCAGAAGUCAACUGCAUCCUUAGAGAGAAAACAGACGAGUGCCUUAUUCUAGCAAGUGAUGGUUUAUGGGAUGUCAUAAAAAAUGAAGAAGCCUGUGAAAUUGCUCGAAAGCGAAUCCUUAUUUGGCAUAAGAAGAAUGGAACCAAUAUAUCAACAGGACAAGUCGAUGGAGUUGAUCCUGCUGCUCAGUAUGCUGCAGAUUAUCUAUCAAAACUUGCCCUUCAAAGGGCAAGCAAAGAUAAUAUCUCAGUUAUUGUUAUAGACUUGAAGGCUCAAAGAGAGUUCAAGAGAAAGGAAUAACAAAGAUAUUCAUCAUUUGGAAUAUUUAUAGAUAUACUAUUUUUUAAGAACAUUUCUCAGUAAGUAGCAUAUUUAUUUAGCCCUUAAGAUUUUUCAUUAGGGCUAUGUUCUAUAUACUAAAAUUUGCAGUGUAUAGGGAUACCUUAUAUUAAGAUGAGGUAUCACUUCAUGAUAAUGCUACAUUGUUUUUAACUAGAUUUGACCCACGCCCAGCGCGGAUGCUCCUACAUUUUUAAGGAAAAUUAAUGACUGCCUCCAUGUGAUUACUUACAUUUGUAUGAUACAUGUGAAUUUAGUCUUCGAUGUUUGAAACAAUAUAUUAAAACUCUUGGUUGAUAUUAGCGUGGUUUUAAA